CAUCAGACUCAGACCAGCAGCUCAACUCUCAACUUUCGUCGAUGGCGAAAUGCAGCAAGAUCCACAACAUCGUCUUGCUCAGGCAGACCCUGCGGCGGUGGCGCUCCCGUGCCGCGGCGCGCGCCGCUGCGGAUGACCGCGCGGUGUCGGUGCCGGCGGGGCACGUGGCGGUGUGCGUGGGCAGCUCGUCUCGGCGUUUCGUGGUGCGCGCGGCGCACCUGAACCACCCCGUGUUCCGGGAGCUGCUCCGGCAGGCGGAGGAAGAGUACGGGUUCCCGUCCGGCGCGUGCGGCCCCAUCGCGCUCCCCUGCGACGAGGACCGCUUCCGGGACGUCCUCCGCCGCGUCUCCUCCGAGGAGCGCCGCGGCGUGCUGGCCGUCAGCAGCCGCGACGUCGCGACGCGGCCGUUGCUGCAGAGGGUGGCGGCGGAGGAGCUCGUGUGGUGACUGGUGACCGAUCGAUGGGCAUAGGCCAUUCGGCAUACGUGCUCUGUUCUCACGUGAGGUAGCCCUGGCGAUUUGACUCCGGCGGCGGCAGCAGCAAGCCAGCAACUGGUCUUCCGGACGCAGAAAUGGCGAAAGCAUGCCGCGGCAGGGAAGACUCCGCCCGCCCACACCGCCGGAGGCCCGAAUAUCUUAUUGACGGACGUGGUCCGGCGCCCCGAAACACGAACCGGUGACGGUGCCGCGCGUGUGAGCAACGGAGGCUCUGUACGGCUUGACAAGUUGACUGUAGUUAGAAGAAAUUUGUAGCGAUUAGUUCAAGAUGAAGAUGAAGAUUUUUGUGAUUGUCGUAAUUAAUCGGUAGC